AUGAUAUCACAAUCUGAAACUCAAAUAAAAGAGGAAAAAGUGGAGGUUGAAAGUACUGAUAAAAAAACAAAGGAAGUUAUCUCUGAACAACAAACUAAAGAAAAUACAAACACUGAAACUCAAAUAAAAGAGGAAAAAGUAGAGGUUGAAGGUACUGUUAAAGAACCAAAGGAAGUUACCUCCGAACAACAAACUAAAGAAAAUACAAACACUGAAACUCAAAUAAAAGAGGAAAAAUUAGAGGUUGAAGAUACUGGUAAAAAAGCAAAGGAAGUUAUCUCCGAACAACAAAUUAAAGAAAAUACAAACACAAAGUUCAUAGAAGGUAAGAGUGAUCAUUCAAAUUCCAUCGAAUUAGAUGAAUCAAUUCGUUGCGACUUAUGCAAUGAAAAUUAUAAAAAUAAUAUAGCUUUUGCACUACAUUCGAUCAAACACAGCACAGAUGGAAAAUAUUCAUGCCAUAUGUGUGAAUAUAAAAAGGCAUCAAAGUAUCACAUAGAACUACAUAUACGCACCCACGAAGGCACUACUAAAUAUAAAUGCGAGAUUUGUAACAAAGCAUUUGCUGUCAGUACUCACGCUAUUGAACACAAAAAUGUGCAUACAGGCGAAAAACCUUUUCUAUGUGAAAUAUGUGGUAAACAUUUCAUGUUUUCGUGGUUCCUCACUUCUCACCGCAGGGCUCAACAUUGGGAAAUUAUUACUGGUUGUCCUUUAGUUAAAUUUGACUGCUUGAAAUGUAACAAGCAUUACACUUCAGCUACAGGAUUGCGGCGACACAAUUUGAGCAAACACAACGAAACAAAUUCAGAUAUGUUCGUACUAUGUGAAAUAUGUGGAAAAAGACUUUCUAGUAAAGAGAAACUGAAAUUCCACAUCAGAAUUCACACCGGUUACAAACCGUUUAGUUGUCAAAGCUGCAGCAAAAGCUUUUCAAGAAAAGAACAACUUAAAGAACACGAUAGAGUACAUACUGGUGAGAGGCCGUACGUUUGUCAAUCCUGUGGACGGGCGUUUACUCAAAGAAGUCCUCUGAAAAUUCAUGAAAGAACUCACACAGGUGAAAGGCCAUAUACCUGUAUUAUAUGUCAAAAAGGUUUUAUUUCAAAAGGAGUGAUGGAUACUCAUAUGAAAAAAUGUGGACUCUAUAAAUAAAGUCUUAAAUUUAUUUGGGAUGCCUAUUCUUUAGAAUUGGAUAAUCUGAACCGUUCAUGAACUGUAAUAUUUAUUGUUCUUAUAAUAAAGACUUUUGUUGCAA